AAAACAGAUCUUUAUUCCAGGUUCAUACAAGCGUUUGGUUAUCUACAAAUCGUUCAAGGAAUCAAAUCUUUAUUUACACGUUCAGUUUUUGAGCUGUAGAACGCAAAAAAUAUGUGAAUGUUAAGAACAGAAGCUUGCUGUUCCAAGCAAUAAGCGAUAACAUCGUGCGCGUAUUUUGACACUAUCAGCAGACAAAAAAGCAUGAAACUAAAGUAGAGAAAAAGAAAAAAUAUAUAUAUCUAUGUACUUGUAUUGCAUCUAUCGUACAAAUAUACAAAAAUUUAAUACGAAAACAUAAUGUCAUCAUCAGAUAAUAGUAAAAAAUUAUCCGAAGUUUUAGAGUUAUUUCUAUUGCCUAAAUACAACAUCGUCUCUGUUACUUACCUCGAUCUUCUACUGUCUCACAUCUCCGAUGAUAUUAAAGAGUGUAAUGCAAAUAAUUAUGAGAGUUGCGAACUAUUUCAAAAAUGGGUGUUAAAAGCACUAAACACUUGGAAUACCGAGUGCCUUCCUUCUCAACCUAUAAUUACAUUUACAUUGAAACUUGUAGGAUUAGUUUCACACAAUGAAUUAAGAUUUCAUUAUUGGCAAUUUAAGAAUGUAUACAAUAAAUUAUGUGAUAUUUUUAAUCUGCAUAAAGAUGACUUACCAGUGUCUAUCAAAAUGGCUUAUAUCACAAUGUUAAUCACUUUGAUCAAACACAAAAGUGGUAGACAAUGGAUAAUAGAUUCUAGUGCUUGGAAAGAUGUUGUAAAGUAUGCUCAUUGGAAUCACACGUUAUAUGUCACUCAUGAAAGUCAUAGAUUUUUAUGGCUUUUGCUCUUACAUGAACAACAAAAUGUUGAUUUUUGUAAAGAAGUUAUUUUGACAAUGAGUGCACCAUUGAUGACUAAUACUAUUGAGUCUCAUACACAUCAAGUGCUGCAAGAUAAUUAUUUAGAAGAAAAUAAAUUAUUAUGUACGACAUUAGAUUUGUUAACGAACAUCAUUGAGAAUACAUUGUUUGCAAAUAUGGAUAAUACGAUACCUGAGCUGUGUCAAGAAAUCAUUGAUUUAGAAAUGAGGAUAAAAGCACUAUUUGAAGCAUGCAUUAGUACAAAAGUUUUGUCACAUAUUCAUAAGCUAUUUAUUUUAUGUUUGUUCAUCCCACUUAAAAGAUUCAUCAGAGAAGGAAAGAAAAUAGAAGUUGAAACAAAGCAAAAGUUCUUCACUGAUUUGAAUUAUAUAUUUUUAAUGCUUCUAUCUAAAGUAUACAUAGUAGAAUUAAUAAAGACAAACAAAUUUUUAAUGAUAUUUUGGAAGAAGUUACAAUCAUUGCAAGAAUUUUCUUUCAAUUAUGAACAUAAGUUUGAACUUCAGAUUAUAAUUAUAAUGAUUGUGCCUGUGAGUUUAUGUAUUAAACAUACAUAUAAAGAUUCUGAUAUUUUUGAUAUGUUUGUUUCUAAGAUGUUUGAUGUAACGUGUGUACCUAUACAAAGGUUGGGAUACAACAUAAGAGAUGUUGUACUUAAAAAUCAUGUACCUUUAGCACAGAUUGCAAAAAUAAAUAUUGACUUGCUCAUAGAAAUAACAGAUAUCAUGGAUAGGGAUAUUGCAGUUAUUGUAUUUCAAGCACUGUGUCACGUAUUAAAAAAUUGUGUGCCAGAUACAUGCAGUGAAACUCUAGAUAAUAUGACUAAUGCAAUACAUUUGGAAAAUGUAUCAAGAAAACAAAUACAUAAAUUUCCCUUAGAAGGAGAUCCUAUAGUUGAUCAUCCUACAUUAUUAUUAUCACUUCUAAAUGGUUUAGCAAUCAUGACAGAAAAGUUUAAAUUAAAAUGGCAAGAAUGUGUAGAAACUAUAUGCUUAUUGUCAUUAGGUCAAGAAAUUUUAAAUCAUUCUGGAACAUUACCUAUAAUUUGCGUGAAAGCUCUAGAAAUAUGUAAGUUAGCAAUCCAGAAUUUUAUGUCACCCAAUUUAGUACUGUUAACUGAAACAGAUAGUCAUAUGAAAGAGAUUGGACCAACAUUGUUUAAAAGAUUACAUGAUGUAAAUUGGGAAGUAAGGGAUAGUGUAUUGGAAACCUUAAAUACUAUAGCUGUAAUCUCAGAGGAUAAAUAUCCAACAUUCCAAGAAUAUUUGUUGGCAAAUGAGUUUUUACAACUGGCAGUUGAAAUUGCUAAGACAGAUAGUGAAAGCUAUGUUCGGGCAUCUGCUUUAGUAUUUCUUUCGACAACUGUUCGUAUAAAUAAAUUGUGGGAAGAAAAAUUGUCGCAAUUCGAUUUACCAAAUACUGCAAUAAUUCUGCUCAACAAUGAGAGCGAGGGCAUAGUCAGAAAGGAAGCGGUAAUUUUAUUGAAGGAGUUAUAUGUACAUCGUAAAUGGCCAAAAAAUAUCAUUGAUUCAAUGAUAUUGGCAAUGGCAAAAACUGCUGUGCUUGAUCUUCAUUGGGAAGUAAAGAUAAACGCUCUCGAAUAUUGGAAUCAUGUUAUAACCUCGCAUUUAUCUGAUCAAGGUGUACUUGAUGGUCAUUUCCCGAAAGUAACAUUUUCAAAAGAAAACAGGAAAAUUGUAUCUUUAAAUGAAACUGAGAUAAAACGAAGGCUUAAUAAAGCAUUAGAUGAAUUAGCAAAACAAAAUUGCUUGGGUGUCCUUUUGGUUACUUUAGAAGAUAGCGAUUUUGAAGUGUGCAAAAUGUCGGCAGCUAUAAUAAACAAAUUAAAAACAUUCCUUCUAAAGUACAAACUUAACGAACCUUUACCAGCGUUGCCUUUACCCAAAGACAGUGCUACCUUUGAUGCCUCUUACAUUAAAUACGAGUCACCGACUAAUGAUGCAAGUUCCAAUUGCGAGAUGCUCAAUAAUUCUAAUAAUGUGAUCGAAGAAAUUCUAGACGUUAAUGAUGCAAGUCUACUUGCUUCUAUUUACAACAAUUCUACGAACGUCGAUAGUAAACCGCAAAAAUCAGAGAAGAAAACAUUUCAAUAUAUUUCUUGUGUGACUAGGCAAAUUUUUCUUCAAAAAAUUUUUGAUAUGAAUAUUGAUGCAUAUAUUGAAGAGAAAGAUCGGUGGCUAGCUACAUAUACCACAAGUUUUGAGUCAGUGUUGGAUGAUAUAUUAACGAUGUACAAAAAGGAAGAUGUUAAUUCAAUGGACUGUUAUUAAUUGAGUAUAAAUUACUUAAAAAUUUAGAUUUUAUUUCUAUACAAGUACAAGUGUGGUAUCCAGUUUUCUGAAUUUAUAAAAAAGUUAAGAUUUUGCGGGAUACAUCACAUCAUAAUCAAAACAAGAUUAUAUCACGAAUUUUGUAAUUCACAAAAUUUUAUUACAAGUACAUUUACGUCUUACAUAGAAAAAUUUACAAUAUACUUUCUGAUAAGAUUUGAGUAAUAAAAAUAAAACGAAUUUU